AUGCCUGCCGAGUUCCUUGCUAGCAACCCCCCCCCGCUCUGGCUCACUCUCUACCACAUUGUCACCCGCCUCCCUGACUCUCUGCGCACAGUCAGGGAUUCCUUUCUAGCUCGCUCCCCUACUGAGCUCACCAUUGCCCUCCUCGAGAAGGACCUACUUGCAGCUGAGGCGAGCAUCGUCGCUGUAGGUGCCUCUCGUGGCGAGCCCCGCACCCCCUUCUUUGAGGGGUGUUCCCCUUCCCCCCUUCUCCCCUCUGUCGCCUCUGCUUCUGCUGUCGACCUCCUUGGUGCUGAGAAGGUCGGGACCGCGUCUGCUCCGAGGAGGAGGACCAAAGGAGGCAAGGGUGGAGGAGGAGGCCGGGGAGGCGGGAGGAGUGGAGGAGGGGCUGGAGAGACUAGUGGCGGCAGUGGGGGUAGUGACGGCAGCGGCGGAGGCGGUGGCAGGGGCGGGGGCGGCAGCGGGGGCGGCGGUGGUCGUGGCAGCGGCAGGGGAGGGGGUGGUCGAGGAGGUGGCAGCGGCGGUGGUGGUCGUGGAGGCGCUGGCGGUGGUCCGAGCCAGCAGCACACUCCGUCGCUCCAGGAGGCCCGUGAGUGGUAUGCGCAGCGUGGGGGGGCGGGUGGCCUUAGCUGCACGUACGUCAUCCGCACUGGUGACCGCACUGGUCAGACGUGUGGGAAGCCGCACCCCACGCCGCGCUGUUUCGCGCGCCUUGACGACGCUUGGCGCACUCAGUUCCCUGACGGCAAUGAGCUGCCCCGCUGGUUUGAUCUGGAGAAGAAGGGAGUUGAUAUCUGGGCUUUAGACUUUGAUGCUAUUCUCACUGCCAUGUAUGCUAUGUUUACUAGUGGAGAGGGUGCUCAGUACUUGCGUGUUCCGCCCGACCCGGGCAUUCUGACCAGUGAGGCUGCUGCUCUAGGUGCUAAUGAGUCUGCAGCUCCAGGUGCUCGCGUGUCUGCUACCUCAGGUGAUGGUGAGGCUGCCGCUCUAGGUGCUGGUGAGUCUGUCUCCCCUGGUACUGAGUCGACUGAGGCACUGCACACCUUCACACUGGACUCAGGUGCUUCUCGCUGUUUCUUUCGAGACCGCACUGCCCUUGAGCCACUCGCUCGGCCAGUUGCUGUCUCCCUCGCUGACCCCUCUGGGGGUCCGGUCAUUGCGACCUCCUCCACUGUUCUUCCCUGUCCUGCGGUCCCGUCUGGCACACUGUCUGGUCUCUACCUCCCCUCGUUCUCUACGAACUUGGUGGCGGGUCGUGCGCUCCAGGACGGGGGUGUUCACCAGUUCACCCCUGCCUACGAGCGCGUGACACACUGCACGUGUGCUCGGACGGGCCGUCACCUGGCUACCUUCACUCGGGAGCCGGGAUCUCGUCUCCAGCUCAGCAAGCGUUUCCACUCCGACUUUCCUGUCCUGCGUCUGCACUCUGACAGAGGUGGGGAGUUUUCCUCCGGCCUCUUGGAGGCCUUCUGUCAGCAGGAGGGCAUUGAGCAGUCGUUCACGCUUCCGGCCUCUCCACAACAGAAUGGGGUUGCUGAGCGCCGCAUUGGCUUGGUCAUGGAGGUCGCUCGUACCUCCUUGGUUCAUGCGGCUGCCCCCCAUUUUCUGUGGCCGUUUGCAGUCCGAUACGCUGCGCAUCAGCUCAACCUCUGGCCCCGAGUCUCCCUCCCGGAGACUUCUCCGACCCUGCGUUGGACGGGAGAGGCUGGCGAUGCGUCGCGUUUUCGGGUCUGGGGAUCCCGAGCUUUUGUUCGCGACACGUCCGCGGACAAGCUCUCCCGUCGCGCUGUCCCCUGUGUCUUCCUUGGCUUUGUCCCGGACGCCCCUGGUGCUGAGGUACCAGACCCCCUCCCCCCUCAGGGUGCCGCUCCCUCAGGUGUGUCCCAGGUAGACCCGGGUGAGCCUGUCGAGGUAGCUGUCGACUCUCGUCCUGCUAGGGGUGCUGAGCCUGGGGGUGCUGAGCCUGGGGGUGCUGCGUCUGGGGGUGCUGAGCCUGGGAGUGCUGAGUCUGGAGGUGCGGAGCCUGGGGGUGCUGAGCCUGGAGGUGCGGAGCCUGGAGGUGCGGAGCCUGGAGGUGCUGAGCCUGGGGGUGCUGAGUCUGGGGGUGCUGAGUCUGGGGGUGCUGAGCCUGAGCGUGCUACACCUGGAGGAGCCCUCUCCUCCCGGCAGCUGCAGGAGAGGUACCUACAGUACUGCCGCCUCCGGAGAGGUGCUACUGGAGCUCGUACCAGUACUUCCCCUCCUACCCAGGAGCUCCCCCCCAUUCAGCAGAUCCGAGAGUGGUACACGCGGCGCUGCAGUCUUCGGAGUGGUGCUCCUGGUGCUGCGGACCCUGGGGGUGGCGCUGCUACUGGUGCUGAGGACCCGAGCGGUGGAGCUGCUGCUGGUGCUGAGGACCCGAGUGGUGGAGCUGCUGCUGGUGCUGAGGACCCGGACGUUGGAGCUGCUACUGGUGCUGAGGACCCUGCCGCUGGUGUCUCUGCUGGUUCUGGAGACGCUGCGCGGCCGCGACCGUACUUCGUACCACUUCUUCAGCAGGUUCUUGGUCAGGCUCCUCCUCCUUGUCCUCCUCCCUCCGUAGAGUGUCCUCCGCCUGUCCAGUCGCAGUCACAGUUACCGCUUGCCUCGCCUCUCCCUGGUCCCUCUCCUUACACUGGUCCCACAGGAGGUCUUGCAGAGCGUCGUGAGCCUGCGUCUCGUCCUGUGUCGCCUGUCCGUACUGCUCGCACUGGUCCUCCUCCUGUCCCUGGCACUCACUACAUGACUCUGCGUCCCUCCACUGCUCCUCAGCGUGUCCCGCUGCCGUCUCCUCCUGCGUCCUCUCUGCCUACUCUUCCUGACCCGGAGUCUGACGCCCGUCGUGCUGCCAGUCCCACUGUCACCCGUCUUCUCGCCACUGUUGUCACUGACCCUACCUUUGAGUCCUCUGCUGCGUCUGCUCUGGUCGCUGAGUUGAUAGACUUUGCUGCCCGGUGUCGUCUAGACUACGCCGCUAGCCUUGUUGCUGAGUCUGAGUCUGAGUCUGUCUGUCCUCCGUCCGUCGGGGUUGCCCCUGAGGGAGAUCCGGAUGCACCAGACAUCCCGACCCCGCGCACUUACGCUGAGGCGAUGGCGGGUCCCUACUCCUCUCAGUGGCAGACAGCCAUGGACGCAGAGAUGGCUUCCUGGAAGUUCACAGGCACCUACGUCGACGAGGUUCCCCCACCUGGGGCGAACAUCGUCAGUGGCAUUCAGCGAGAGGGAGUCGACUUCUUCCAGAUCUUCUCCCCCACCCCGAAGAUGACCACUCUUCGGGUGCUGCUGCACAUAGCCGCUCAGCGCGACUACGAGCUUCACUCACUUGACUUCAGCACUGCUUUCUUGCAGGGCAGCCUGCACGAGGAGAUCUGGCUGCGCCGCCCUCCUGGCUUCAUUGGGUCGGUUCCUCCUGGUACCCAGUGGAGGCUCCAGCGGCCGGUCUACGGUCUCCGCCAGGCACCGCGUGAGUGGCACGACACACUGAGGACGACACUUGCGGCUCUUGGGUUCGCUCCCUCUACUGCUGACCCGUCACUGUUUCUAUGCACAGACACCUCGCUGCCGCCGUUCUACAUCCUCGUGUACGUCGACGACUUGGUCUUUGCCACUGCUGACACCGCGGCACUCGCCCACGUGAAGUCGGAGCUGCAGAGGAGACACACGUGCACAGACCUGGGUGAACUGACAAGCUAUCUUGGCUUGCGGAUCACCCGGGACAGAGCACGGCGCACCAUCACCUUGACUCAGUCACACAUGGUGCAGCAGAUCCUCCAGCGCUUCCGCUUCACGUACUCCUCGCCUCAGUCCACUCCUCUGCGUACCGGUCACUCGCUCUCAGCUCUGCCUUCGGAUGAGUCCGUAGAGCCGAGUGGCCCGUAUCUAGAGCUUGUGGGCUGCCUCAUGUACCUGAUGACCUGCACUCGACCUGACCUGGCAUACCCUCUUAGCAUCCUUGCACGCUAUGUCGCUCCUGGCCGUCACAGGAAGGAGCACAUGGAUGCCGCUAAGAGGGUGUUGCGCUACUUGUGCAGUACGUCGGGCAUGGGGCUAGUGCUUGGAGGGCGGGACCGAGUUGUACUCACAGGACACUCAGACGCUUCUUGGGCAGACGAUCAGGCUACUCAGCGGUCGUCUCAGGGUUACACUUUCAGCCUUGGCUCUGGCUCAGUUUCUUGGCGUUCCACACGCUCUUCUUCUGUUCUCAGCUCCAGUUGUGAGGCUGAGAUCUAUGCCACAGCCAUGGCUGCCCAGGAGCUACGCUGGCUGACCUACCUGCUGACCGACCUCGGAGAGCGGCCUCGUUCUCCUCCAGUGCUGUACGUCGACAACAAGGCUGCCAUUGCCUUGUGUGAGGAGCACAGACUGGAGCACAGAACGAAGCACAUUGCCCUGCGGUACUUCCUUGCUCGAGAGCUGCAGCAGCGCGGUCAGCUUUGUCUGCGUUACGUGGCCACUGAGGCCAACACUGCUGAUGUGUUCACCAAGGCGCUUCAGCCUUGUGACCAUCAGCGCUUCUGCACUCUGCUAGGCCUUGUGCCUACUGGACCUCACUUGCUUACUUCUUGA